AUGGUUCUCGGACAACUUUUUAGCCCACAGACGCAGGCGAUUUUCUUUAAUUGGAAGGAAAAGCCGGUACAACGUAUGUUGGACUUCGACUAUGUUUGCGGCCGUGAGACACCCUCGGUUGCUGCCAUUGUCCAGCCUGGGAGCUCGGGUGGUUUCCAAAAACUCUUCUUCGGAAAGGCCGAGAUCGCCAUACCGGUCUACGGGAGCACCGCCGAGGCCACUCGCAAGCACCCCAAGGCCGACGUAUUCAUCAACUACGCGUCGUUCCGCAGCGCGUACGAGUCCUCCCUGGAGGCUCUGAAGGCCGCCACUAUCCGCGUGGUUGCCAUUAUUGCUGAGGGCGUCCCGGAGAAGGACACCAAGCACCUCAUCGCCUAUGCACGGGCCAACAACAAGGUCAUUAUUGGCCCGGCUACGGUCGGCGGCGCUGGCGCAUUCAAGAUUGGCGAUACUGCCGGCACCCUGGAUAACAUACUUGCCUGCAAGCUGCACCGCCCCGGCUCUGUGGGCUUCGUGUCCAAGUCUGGCGGCAUGUCCAACGAGAUGUACAACGUGCUGGCCCGGGCCACUGACGGACUGUAUGAGGGCAUUGCCAUUGGCGGUGACACGUUCCCGGGCUCCACCUUGUCGGAUCACUGCCUGCGAUACGAGCAUGUUCCCGCCAUCAAGAUGAUUGUGGUGCUGGGCGAGCUGGGCGGCCGCGACGAGUACGGCCUUGUGGAGGCCAUGAAGGCGGAGGCCAUCACUAAGCCAGUGGUGGCAUGGGUGUCAGGGACAUGCGCCAAGCUGUUCAAGAGCGAGGUGCAGUUCGGUCACGCGGGGGCUCGCAGCGGCGGAGACCUGGACAGCGCACAGGCUAAGAACGCCGCACUACGCGAUGCGGGUGCGCUGGUCCCGGAGUCAUUCGAGGGGCUGGAGGGGGCCAUUAGGUCAACGUACCAGCGCCUGGUGCAGUCGGGCGUGCUGAUCCCAGCCAAGGACGUGGAGCCGCCGCCAAUCCCGCAGGACCUGGCCUCGGCGGUCGCGGCGGGCAAGGUGCGCGUCCCCACCCACAUCGUGUCGACCAUUUGCGAUGACCGGGGUGACGAGCCCACAUACUACGGCGUCACCAUGUCGGAGCUGAUUGAGGGCGAUUACGGCGUGGGGGACGUCAUCUCGCUGCUCUGGUUCAAACGCAAGCUGCCAAAGUAUGCCUCCAAGUUCAUCGAGAUGUGCGUGAUGCUGUGUGCCGACCACGGACCAUGCGUGUCUGGCGCACACAAUGCGAUUGUGACCAGCCGGGCCGGUAAGGACCUGGUCAGCUGCCUGGUCAGCGGACUGCUCACCAUCGGGCCCAGGUUCGGAGGGGCCAUUGACGACGCGGCCAGGCUGUUCAAGGCGGCAUGCGACGCGGGUCAGAGCCCUCAGGACUUUGUAGAAGGUCUCAAGAAGAAGGGCAUUCGAGUGUCAGGCAUUGGCCACCGCAUUAAGUCCAAGGACAACCGGGACAAGCGCGUGGAGCUGCUGCAGAACUACGCGCGCAAGUUCUUCCCAUCUACUCGGUACCUGGAGUACGCAGUGUCGGUGGAGUCGUACACGCUGCAGAAGGCGCCUAACCUGGUGCUCAACGUUGAUGGCUGCAUCGGUGCGCUGUUCCUGGACCUGUUGGCUUCCUCGGGCUGCUUCACGGAGGCGGAGGCCGUCCAGAUCGUGGAGAUUGGCUACCUGAAUGCGCUGUUCGUGGUGGCCCGAUCCAUCGGCCUGGUGGGUCACGCGCUGGAUCAAAAGCGCCUCCAGCAGCCGCUGUACCGCCACCCAUGGGAGGACGUCCUGUACACCAGCUGA